CACCGACCCGCGUGGGCCGACGUCAUCCCGGUCGUCGCCGUCGCCGCCUCGUAGCCUCGUGGGGGGAGCGAGAAGAGAUAGAGGAGCAGCCCCGGCGCAUCUGGAUCCGCGCCGUAAAGCUGACUUCUUUCUCCGCCGCACGCAUCCUCCUCCCGGCGACCACCCCGGGGGCGCUAUAUCACGCGGCCGCCGCGAGGAGGAGCGCCCCGUCCCUUCUUCUUCUUCUUCUUCGUAGCAGCUUCAGCAGCAGGAGGAAGAUGGCGGCGGCGGCGGCGGCGAGGAAGACCGCCGGUGUGCUCGCGCUCUUCGACGUCGACGGCACCCUCACCGCGCCCCGCAAGGAGGUGACGCCGGAGAUGCUCGAGUUCAUGAAGCGCCUGCGCGAGAAUGUGACCGUCGGCGUGGUGGGGGGAUCCGAUUUGGUCAAGAUCUCCGAGCAGCUCGGCAAAUCAGUUAUCACCGACUACGACUACGUCUUCUCCGAGAAUGGCCUGGUCGCUCACAAGGACGGCAAGCUCAUCGGGACGCAAAGCUUGAAAACGUAUCUUGGAGAUGACCAGCUUAAGGAAUUCAUUAACUUCACUCUUCAUUACAUUGCGGACUUGGAUAUCCCAAUUAAAAGGGGUACAUUCAUAGAGUUCAGGAGUGGAAUGAUCAAUGUGUCGCCUAUAGGGAGGAACUGUAGUCAAGAAGAACGUGAUGAUUUUGAGAAGUAUGAUAAGGCACAUAACGUUCGGCCUAAAAUGGUGUCAGUGCUUCGCGAAAAGUUUGCACACCUGAACCUGACCUUUUCUAUUGGAGGGCAGAUCAGUUUUGAUGUAUUCCCGCAAGGCUGGGACAAAACCUACUGCUUGAGAUAUCUCGAAGAAUUCAAAGAAAUCCAUUUCUUUGGGGACAAAACCUACAAGGGUGGCAAUGAUCAUGAGAUAUUUGAAUCUGAAAGAACAGUUGGUCAUACAGUUACCAGCCCCAAUGACACGGUGCAGCAGUGCAAAUCCAUCUUCCUGUCGGAGUGAUCGCCAGACUACCGUGCCAUUUACACUCAUUUGUUCACCCGCACCCCUCGAACCGCUCGCCGUCUCGGAAUAAUUCCUUUAUAGAUCUCCCUUUGAACUCGGUACAUUUUUUGCGUUCCUCCCCGUUGGGUGUAGUUUAUCGCUAUUGUUGUUGUAAACAGAACUGGUAUUGGUAUACACAUGGUAUACAUACAUUCACAAACAGCGGAUUUUGUAUGCGCGCAUUUGGCGCAAAUGUAUGAGGGCAUGUUUGGUAGCCUGCGUGAUAUAAUAUAUUUCCUACUUGGCCA